ACGGGACGCUGCGACGGAAGAGAGCUACCCCCUCCCGGCCGCCCGCUCCACUGCUCCGGUACCUGCAGCCGCCACCACUUUUCGAAGACUUUCUCAGCUGGCACUCAGCGAAGGCUCCGGGCCGGCGCGGUACCGAGAGCCGGGCGCUCCGCCUCCCCGGGGGGUUCCCCCACUCCCGUGGUACUGACCCCACAUCUGCUCAGACGGGACCGCGACAUCGCGCCAUUCCUCAGUCCCGAGACGAGAGAGAGAGCGAGCCUUGGGGAUCGGGGAGUCAGACGGUGCGUCCCCCAAACGAUGUGGCGGGACUGGGGACCCGGGUCCCGGGUUCUCCCGCUACUCCUGCUAAUGCAGCUGCCUUUGCCAGGCAAUGGGAACGAGGGCAGCAUCAGUGGAAGCUGCUACUGUGAUGAUUUACUUUCUGACUUGUCCCCGGCAAAGAAGGCACAUAUCCGAAAAUACGUGAGGGAUUACCAGCGCUGCCCAGCCUAUGUCAGGUUCCGACUACAUUCCAGGACCGUGUGUGGGGGAAAUGUCCAACAGUGGGUUCGAGAGGUGAUGAGCUGCUUGGAUAACAAAGAAUGUGGACUUGCUCUUUUGGCAAGUCAAGCCCAUCAGAAGCAGCCACCUUCUCUCAGCACUCAAGCUCCUGAGCCUACAGAGGGAGCACCUUCACAUCUGGUAACCCCUGCCCAGACACACCUGCCUUCCACCCAGCAGCCCACCCUUCCGGUGGCAGCGCAGUCCUUGGACAGAGGCCUUAUCUACUCCAAUGAAUCCACCACUUUCACCGUGAGCCACAAUCUAGGAGCUGGGCUGGUGGCUGGGGAGAACCAGAAGCAGCUGGAAGGCAUUGGGAGUCUGGCAGCUGGGACGUCAGCUUUAGUGCCAGUGCUGUCCCUCCUGCUCAUCACCUUCAUUCUUACUGGAGUCCUCCUCUACGUACUGUGUAACAGGAAGCGGCAGCAGGCAAGGAAGUACUGUCCAGAUUUGCAGCUCCAUUACAGACCGGUGGCAGCAGACUCUAUAGCCUGAACUAGACACUUGUCUGAGGAGUCUUCUGAAGUGAAUAAAGUAUUUGAUGACUGGAA